AUGGAUAGCGAGAUAAAGCUGCGAUUGAGAUUUGCCGAUGGAAUGAGAAUUUUUAGUAUUCCCAGUAAAUCCAGUUUGAUUGAGUUGCUGGGGGUUAUUGAGGGAAUCAGCGGUGUGGCCAUUGGUAGACAGGAUUUACGCAUCGGAUAUCCCCCACGCUUACUCCAAUUCGAUUCGAACGAUUUCACUAAAAACGCGUUGGAUUUCGGUUUAAGCAGUGGCGAACAAAUUAUUUUGAAUGAUAAAGGCGGCGAUAGUGCAGGUAGUGAUGUGCGAGCUCAUAUAGAGACUGGAAAUUCAAUAUCUAAGACACCCGUGACUCCCCCCACUCGCUCACCCGAUGGUCACUCCGUCGAACUAAACACGGGAGAUGGCUAUCUAAUACUCAGAGUAGUCCCUGAUGAUAACAGCUGUCUAUUUUCCGCCAUUUCGCUGGCUCUGCUUGGGUCUAUAGACGAGAAUUACAUGAUGCGGGGGAUUGUUGCAAACACCAUUCAAAGCGAUCCAGAAACUUAUAAUGAGUCCUUUUUAGGCCACAAUCCAGCCGAAUAUGUCGAAGCUAUCACCAGACCAGAGAACUGGGGCGGUGCAAUUGAACUAUCAAUUCUCUCCCACGCAUUCAAGACUUGCAUAAUCUCUGUAGACAUUGCCACCCUCCGUAACGACGUCUACAAUGAGGAAUAUGAGAACAGAAUCUUUGUUAUGUAUUCAGGUAUUCACUAUGACGCCCUAUCUAUAGCACCAUCCCCAGACGCGUCUGUCGAAUUCCACACCACCGUUUUACCAUCUUUCACCGCUCCUCCUGACCUUCCAGAUCCGCUACUAGAAGCAUGUAAGCAAUUGGCCUCGGAGUUGCGCCAGAAGCGCUAUUAUACGGAUACUUGCGGCGAUUGUGGUCAAGCACUUGAAGGCGAGAAAAUGGCAACAGCGCACGCAAAAAGCACUGGACAUUCAUCCUUCAGCGAGUAUUAG